GACAAAGCAUCGUCACCUCACCUCAUGAUAUCACGACACAUUCCUUUUUACCGAUACAUCUUGAGCAGUAAGCUUCGGUUUUGAUAUAUAUCGGAUACGUACAGUAUAGUACAAUACCAAUUACUGACGCUAAUCGACAGGUUAUGAACUUCAUUGUCACUCAGCUCCCAAGGAAUCUAAAUCCAUCUAAAAUGAGCUUGAAGGGCACCAAGUAGUGCAUUGCUGUGGAAUACCUACCUCUAUCUUUGCCACCUACAUCUACAUCGUUUACUCCCCCAUACAAUACAAUUACAAAACUCUUGUUCGUUGUUUAGCUCCAAAGAAGCAUUGGCAAAUAGGCGCGCUGAUUCACUCGUGCCCUGCUAUUCUCAAUGUCUUUCCAGAGUAACGUACCAGGUGCCUCCCCGUCAGAUAAUUCUACGGCCGGGAAUGGAGCGGGAGAUGAUUUAAAUCUUAUAUUAGAGGAAAGAGACGGCGAAGAAGAGGAAGAAAACGCAGACGAUGACUAUGCCGAAGAGCAUGCUGAGGAUGAUGACGAUGAUGAUGACGAUGACGAUGACGAUGAAGUUGGCUUUGAUGUGCAAGUUGAGAUUGAGGACGAUGAAGACGAAAGUGCCACCCCAGCCGAUCAUACUACUCGAACACGAUAUCUUCUACGGGUGUUGGCCGCCCACCCGGAUGUUCGGAAUAUCAUACGCUUUACCACUGACCUCGAUGAGGACGAGCUCGCCUUGUGGCCCCGAAGGCGAAGGAGAAGUACACCCGAUCCAAAUAGGUUCCCUAAAGUGCCAAGCGUUGCUGGGGAAGAACUAAUGGCGUCGGGUGAUUUUGGCUCCAAUGAUGCACAAAGUCCAGGCAGAGAUGAUCAUAUCAGGGGACGAAAACGUUUGGCGAGAAGAAUAUUAGACCGAGAAAUAGCAUCAGGGAACUUCGCUGCCCAGGUGAUAAAUCGGAAAACAAUGGCACAAGAAAUGUUACCAUCUUCGAAUGCUGAUACCAUAAUCAAUUAUGAUGACCCCGUUUAUUCAGGUCAAUUUUCGGAUGACGGCAACUUCUUCUUUGCCGUCACUAAGGAUUUCAAAGUCCGCAUGUAUGAUACAUCAAACCCUUAUAAGUGGCGGUACUACAAGACUGUAAACUACCCUUACGGGCAAUGGACCCUUACGGAUGCUUCACUAAGCCCUGACAACAAAUAUCUCGCUUACACUUCCAUACGUAGCACGGUUUGUCUCGCUCCGACAGAUCCAAAUGAUAUGGGUGAUCCUUAUAAUCUGGAGCUCGGUGAUCCUGGCACUGGUGUACGAGAUCCCAGGCUCGACCGGCGAGGGUCAUUUGGUAUUUGGUCAAUUCGAUUCUCUGGUGAUGGACGUGAGCUUGUUGCCGGAACUACAGGAGGUUCCAUUGUUGUAUAUGACAUAGAAAGUCGUCGUCCACUUCAUAGGAUUUUUGGGCAUGAAGAAGAUGUCAAUGCAGUAUGUUUUGCCGACAAGUCGUCGCCUCAUAUUCUUUACUCUGGAUCAGAUGACACAACCAUUAAGGUGUGGGAUACUAGGAGCAUGGGUGAUAGUCGAGAAGCGGGUGCAUUUAUUGGUCACAUUGAGGGAUUAACGUACCUCGAUAGCAAAGGAGACGGUCGCUAUAUCCUCAGCAAUGGUAAGGACCAGAGCAUGAAGCUAUGGGACUUGCGUAUGGUAAUGAGUUCAGCUCAGUUUUCCAACAUCAGGGCAAAUGGACGUCGACCCGGGACAAACUUUGAUUAUCGCUGGGGACGUUAUGAUGAAGACGAUUGGUACCACGAUAAAAAUGAUAAUUCUUUGGUCACAUUCAGAGGUCAUAGAGUAAUGCGGACGCUGAUUAGAUGUCAUUUUUCUCCGCCUGGAAGUACCAAUUCAAGAUAUGUCUAUUCUGGAAGCGAAGAUGGUAAAGUGUACAUAUGGAAUAUGGAUGCAACGCUUGCGGGCAAAAUCGAUGUCUUCCAGGCAACAAAAAAUACAAGGCCACCCCCACCUGGUCAAUGGCACGGGGGGUGGCAUGGAGGGUGGCAUGAUGACAUAGAUGAAAUAAAUAGUCCGAGGUGGAAAACAGUCGUAAGAGAUGCUAGUUGGCACCCCACUGCUCCCAUGAUCGCUGCAUCUGCGUGGAACGGUUAUGGUACUGAUCAGGGCACUGUCACCACCCAUUCUUGGAAUGAGGGUGCUGAAGACGAUGAAGCCGAGCCUAAAAUGGGAUUAAGGGUAAAUGCGAAGUUAGAACAUGAUCCUCGCCUUUACCCGGCCCAAUCAAGCCGCAACGAAAGAAUUCGACAUCUCAACAGUCUCUUGCCGAAUGCUGAUGAUGAGGAUGACGAUGACGACUAGGCCAUAUUCAGAGGGGAAUUCGCAAUUCGUAGUGCUAGGCGAUGUACAUCAAGUACUGAUUAGGUAUCGACGCAUUAGACUUUUUGCAAAAUUUUCCAGUAUUAUACAUCCUGCCAUCUUCGAAAGUUAUAACUAUUUUCAAUGUUAUCUAGUUGUGGAAAUGCUUCAAUGUUUGUAUGAAAACCACAUAAAAGCUGCAACAGUA